AUUUCGAACAUUCCUCGAGGUUUAGCUGAUGCAUGGCUGGCAGCAGGUGCUGACAAACAGACGCAGUUCACUUGGGAUACUCGAAAAAAUGAUAACAAGCAAGCUUUUGGAGCAAGAACGAGGUUCGAUAGAAUUUUUUGGUACGGGCCACUUUCUCGAGUUAAGUUUUCACUUGCUGGUCAACAGCGGAUUAGAAGCUGUCUCUGUUUUCCCUCUGAUCAUUGGGCUGUCCACUGUGAAUUUUCUUGAUCCUUUUAAUCAUAUGGAUUACUUUUGAUG